CAGAAUUACGCGCCGCCAUGUGUAAACUCAGAUGAACGUUGACGUGCUUGUUUACGCGUUAGAAUUGACUUCUGAUUACAAUCGUUGGUUGAAUUCAUGAUUGUAUUUAAACAUACCUUAUUCCUUAUGCGGGUGUUAAAAUAAUCAAAUAGUAACACUGCUGAGUCGUUUACUUUGCGCGUUUCACGGUAGAACGUUUAAAUUAACAAAUGGAUGAUGAGGACCGCGUGAAGACCGAUGACAACAAAAUCCAAAAUAAUCAUCAUGUUCUCAAAAAUAAUAUAGUGGAGGUUGACAAAGAAGACGAAGAAGCGACCGGGAAGCAACCUUUGUCCAAAAGGCAAAGGAAAAAGCUUCUAAAACAGCAGAAAUGGGAGGAGGAGAGGGAGAUGAGAAAGCAGAAGCGCAAGGAGAGGAAGCAGCAGCGGCGGAUCCAGAGGCAAAACAAUCAUCAGGAGAAUGAAGGUGAAGACCGCGGGGCCAAGAAGCGCCCACGGCGAGAGGUGACGCCCACCUCGCUCAGGCUGGUGGUGGACUGCAGUUUUGACGACCUCAUGUUAACCAAGGAUGUGCACAAGCUCCACAAGCAGAUCCAGAGAUGCUAUGCUGAAAACAGACGAGCCUCUCAUCCAGUCCAGUUUUAUCUGACAAGCCUUGGAGGACAACUCAAACAGAGUAUGGAUGAAAAAGACAAAGGAUGGAUCAACUGGAAAGAUAUCCACAUUAAAUUGGAGCACUACAGUGAAGUAUUGGCUAAGGAGGAUGUGGUCUACCUGACGUCCGACUCCCCCAACGUGCUGAAAGAACUGGACCCCAAAAAGGCGUACGUGAUUGGCGGGCUGGUGGACCACAAUCAUCACAAGGGAAUAACAAUGGAGCGGGCCCAGAAUCUGGGACUCUGUCACGCCCAGCUUCCCCUCGACAGCUUCGUCCAGAUGAACAGUCGCAAAGUUCUGGCGGUCAACCACGUGUUUGAGAUCAUCCUGGCAUAUGUGGAGAAAGGCAGCUGGCAGGACGCAUUCUUCUCCGUACUACCUCCGAGGAAAGGAGCCAAGGCCGUGACUUCAGGGUCGGCAGACCCGGACGGGGAUGGCCAAGAGGACCAACCAGAGGAGCACUCGGACCUUGAGGAGCCCCAACCAAACGACAAACUCGCCCUAAAGUCGUCCGAGAAGGUAGAAGGGGAAUGAAGAGAACAAUACCUGGACGAGAUCAUGAGGGCCGUCACAAGGGCCUGCGCCAUCCCCAGCGUGAAUGUGUACGGAUUCUUCCUCACGAUGACAAAGAAGAU